AUGGCAAAGAGCGAAGUCAGGCUGCAGGCCCGCAUCGACCAAGCCGCCAGUCUGUUGAGACAAAUCGGCCUGAAAUUAAAUGCAGCCAAAUGCAGGUCGCUCUUCAUUUCCGAACGGCAGCCUGUCGGGUUACGUGACGUCAUAUGCAAGGUGGACGGGACUCCCAUAGGAUGUCUACGAGACUUCGAAUCGUUUCCAUACCUUGGAAGACCCGUCGGCUACAACAUCUUCCGAGACAACGGUGAAGUGGACGAAGCCAUCGAACUGGGGAAGAAGCUCCUGAAUUCCUGUCUUGCACCAUGGCAGAGGAUCGACGCCAUCAAGACCUUCCUGUAUCCAUCACUGAAGUUCGCCAUGAGGUGCGGCGUGCUCGGAAAGACCGACUGGUCACGGCUCGACAACGCCUUGCGACCACUGAUCAAGCGGUCAUUGUACCUUCCCAAGUCUGCGUCAACUGACUACCUCUACAGCAGCAGCAAGGCGGGAGCAUGCGGCAUUCCACUAACCACAGAGAUCAGUGACAUAUGCCGCCUGGAUAGUGCCUUCAAGCUUCUAACGUCGCGUGAUCAAGAAGUGUCAGCCAUCGCCAUGUCAAGCCUGACAAGAACCGUGGACAAGCGCCUCGGCCGCGAAUGUGGCAUCGAAGAACUUUGCCAGUAUCUGAGCGGCGAAAACGAGGGAGACUUCAGGUUGCGAAGCAAUCAGCUCCGCAACGUAUGGACUGAGGCAAGAAAGGCAUCAUCCACGCUAGGCGUCUCGUGGGACCUGGAGGAGGGCAACAUUAGCAUCACGCGUGAAAACCAAACAAUCACCGCAUCGCAACGCACGAAGCUAAUGGCCAUCAUCCGCUCUCAGCUAACCCUCGCCAGAGACCAGAGCCUGCGUGAGCUUCCAAGCCUAGGAAAAGUGAUGGACUGCGUCUACAGGGACAAAGCCAGUUCUCAUUUCAUCCGCACCGGGACAUUCACCAGCUUCGCACAGUGGCGCUUCAUCCAUCGAGCCCACCUCAACCUCCUCCCUGUAAACGGCGCGCGCCCCUGGGCUCGCAACGACGACAGGCAAUGCAGAAGGUGGGGCCACUCGAAUGAGACCCUUCCACACGUGCUGGACCACUGCAUGCCCUCUUCCGCAAGCUACCAGGCCCGCCAUAACGAGAUAGUGGAGAGCGUGAAGGCAGCGGCUCGUGGAAAGUACACCGCGAUUUCCGAGAACAUGGCUGUCGGCGGCACAGGGCUACGGCCUGACCUCAUCCUGUGCAGAGGAGAGGAGGCCAUAAUCGUGGACGUCACCAUUCCGUUCGACAACCGCUACCAGGCACUGGCUGCAGCACGGGCUGAAAAGGAGGCAAAGUACGAACUUCUCAAGCCCCACCUCCAAAGGCGCUUCCACCGUGUCUCAGUCCAAGCCAUUGUCGUCGGAGCGCUCGGUAGCUGGGACCCGGCAAAUAACAAGGUGAUGAAGAAGCUAUGCACCAAGUCCUACCUGGGAGUAUUCAAGAAGCUCUGUGUGAGCAAUGUGAUAGCUGCUUCACGGAACAUCUAUGUCGAACAUGUGACUGGGAACCCCAUUGUUUAG